UUCGUCCAUUUUGCGCCCAGUGAAGCGACCGAAUUCAUCAACUUUUGUGUCUGGGGUGGCAUGUGGAUAAAUUUCAGCCGCCAUGGAUCCCAGUGCUCUACAAAACAUGGAUCGGGACGCAUUAAAGAAGCAAAUCGAGAAUAUGAAAUAUCAGGCCUCCAUGGAGCGCUGGCCGUUGUCUAAAUCCAUUGCAGAAAUGCGGUCGUUCAUUGAGGAGAAUGAGAAGAACGAUCCGUUGAUUAAUGCUCCGGAUAAGAAGAACAAUCCGUGGGCUGAAAAAGGCAAAUGCGUUAUUAUGUAAUAUUAUCGUAAACCACAGAAAUACCGUAAUACCUAUGAUAACCAGCCAAAUAACACCA